AUGGCUUCCAGUGUGAGCUUGUUGGUCGUGAUCAUGGCGUACACGCUCCUCAGUGGAAGUCACGGUGCACGACACUUGGCCGACACCACCCCGGCCGCUGUUGCUCCUGCUGCGGACACCGCCGCUGUCCCUGGCUUUCCGGCCGUGCUGCCCACGGACACGGUCACCCUGCUGCCACCAAUGCCGGCGGCCACCCUGCCCACCGUGCCGCAAAUGACGCUGCCACCUAUGCCCGCCGUCGUCGUGCCUAAGGUAGUGCUGCCGCCCAUGCCCAAGGUGACGAUGGCGCCAAUGCCCGCCACUGUCAUCGUGCCCAAGGUGACGCUGCCGCCGAUGCCGUUUGUCCCGAACGUGAACGUGCCUGUGCCAUUCCUGGCGCCGCCACCGUCUGUGUAG